AACGGAAGAAGUACGGAAUAGACGCGCGCUGAUGUCAAAGCCGAAGCAAACUUCGUCCAAUAUCUCGUUACACUAAAGUAAUUCCUACCCGUCAAAACCGGGUUCCUUUUUCUUAUAUUCCUUUCAAUUCCUAUUAAACACUAAUAAGUAACCUAAUCCUACCGCAAUGGAUCCGGAUCUCGACCCCGGCCUCUUCGGUAUCCAGCUCUCCGACUCCGAGGACGGAAGCAAUGACUCAGAACCCGCUGAGGGGACUCGGCCGAAGAAAGGAGAAGCGAGCACGCCUGUGGAUCGGACGGCCCAGUCGGAGGAGGAGUUUCAGGCAGUGCGGAGGGGAUACCGGGUCAAAGUUGAAAACGGAGAAAUAUGGAAAACCAUCCAGCUCCCCUUAGGACCAGGCCGGGUCCCCAAGCCCGAGGCUCAAGCCUUAUUACACGCAGUCGAGGAGCUAUACUUCUUUCGGCGGUAUGCCGAGGGCGCAAAUUUUGCGCGAGCUAUUCUAGGCGGGAAUGGAAGUGGAGGUAUUUACGAAGAGGGACCAUCUGGGCUUGACGAGGACACUAAGAAGCUGUUACGAUAUUACGAAAAGAAAUGUAAUGAGAAAGCGUAACCAUAGAUGAAGAGAAGACCAAAAAGGCUGAUACCCCGCUACAUAAAAAUUUAUUCCGAAAUACUACUGCUCCAGUCCACAAGUCGAUAGGACAGCUAAAAGACAAUCAAAAUCAAUGGGAGAAGAGUAUUAUUAUCCUUAUCCCUUGCUCUAAGCAGAGUAUUCUCUAUAUCUAAGUCUAACAUCUG